AUGGACCAAGUUGAACCGGCCAGUGAAAUCGUUAAGCGAUUUGUAACAGGAGCUAUGUCGUUUGGGUCCAUCUCUUGGGAGGCACAUACAACGCUUGCUAUCGCCAUGAAUCGCAUCGGUGGCAAAUCUAACACUGGUGAAGGUGGCGAGAAACCGGAGCGCUAUGCGAAAAACCAAGAUCCAAAUAACAAUCUACGGUCGGCUAUUAAACAGGUGAGUGGUAAGCUUCACACCGUGUUGUAG